GGCGCGGCGGCGGCGGAGGCGGCCCAGGGCUCGCGCCGCUGGGAUGGAGCAGAAGCGCGCCGAGUCCCGGAGGGCACGCAGCUGACGGAGCUGCGCCGCGUUCGCCUCGGCUGCCUCGCGCCUGCCGCCAGAGCUGUCCGCGCCUCCCGGCUCCCACCCCAGCCCACCCGGCGGAGGAGUCGCUACCGGCGCCCGUGCGCUCUGUCCGCAAACUCCUUGCCGCCUGCUGCGGGCUAAGCACCAAACACCAGGCUACCAUGGUCUGCGAGACCCUCUUCGCUCUUUGCAUCUUAACGGCAGGAUGGAGGGUACAGAGUCUGCCUACGUCAGCUCUCUUGCCCAUUUCUCUUCCGGCAAAAAUUACGCCACCGACCACCAUCUGGACUAGCUCUCCAGAAAACGCUGAUGCAGACACUGCCUCCCCAACCAUCGGCACUCACAGCAGCUCGGAGUUCCCAGUUACAGCAUCAGCCCCGACAUCUCUGCUUCCUAAGAACAUUUCCAUAGAGUCCAGAGAAGAGAUCACCAGCCCAGGUUCGAAUUGGGAAGGCACAAACACAGACCCUUCAUCUCCUGGGUUCUCAUCAACAAGCGGUGAAGUCCACUUAACAUCCACACUGGAGGAACACAGCUCAGGCACUCCUGAAGCAGGUGUGGCGGCUACAGUGUCUCAGUCCUCUGCUGAGCCUCCCACACUCAUCUCCCCUCAAGUUCCAGCCUCAUCACCACCCUCAUCCCCAUCAACGUCACCACCUGAGGUUUUUUCUGCCUCCGUCACUACCAACCACAGCUCCACUGUGACCAGCACCCAACCCACUGGAGCUCCAACUACACCAGAGUCCACGACAGAGGAGUCCAACUCUGACCAUGCACCCACUUCACAUGCCACGCCUGAGCCAGUGCCCCAGGAGAAAACACCCCCAACAACUGUGUCGGGCCACGUGAUGUGUGAGCUCAUAGACGCGGAGACCACCACCACCUUUCCCAGGGUGAUCAUGCAGGAAGUAGAACAUGCAUUAAGUUCAGGCAGCAUCGCCGCCAUUACCGUGACAGUCAUUGCUGUGGUGCUGCUGGUGUUUGGAGUUGCAGCCUACCUAAAGAUCAGGCAUUCCUCCUAUGGAAGGCUUUUGGAUGACCACGACUACGGGUCCUGGGGAAACUACAACAACCCCCUGUACGAUGACUCCUAACAACGGAAGAUGGCCCUGGAUGAGGAUUGACUGUUCUUUAUUUAUAAGCGCUUAUCCAGUAGAAUUAAUAAGUACCUGAUGCGCAUUGAACGACAAUCUUCAGCCCUGUUUUGUUGGUAUGGUUGUUUUUGUUUUCCUCCCUCUCCUCUGGCUGCUACAACUUCCCCUUUCUGGUACAAAAAGAACUACUGCUUAAAGGUGAGUGGAGGCUGAUUUGCAGCUGAAAUGGGCCGGCCUUGCACCAGCCAGGCCAGACCACCUUGGUGGAGGCUUCUUCUCCCACUUCAGGACCCACUUUGAGAAGGACCGAGGAAGAGGAUUUGGAUUGUUUUGUCAGGGAUUACUUUCAGGGGAACAUUUCAUUUGUGUUAUUUCUUAAACUUCUAUUUAGGAAAUUACAUUAAAUAUCAAUGAGGGGAAAGGAAAUGAGCUUUAUGAGGAUUUCACCCUGCGUGGGAGAAAGCGGGGUUUUCUCAGAUUCCUUUUUAAUCUGUUUAUCUGGUUGUUUCUGACAGGAUGCUGCCUGAUUGGCUCUACAAGCUGGAAAGCCGCUUCUUAGCUGCCUAAUUAAUGAAAGAUGAAAAUAGGAAGUGCCCUGGAGGAGGCCAGCAGGUUGAAGGGCAGAAUAGCAGGUUGCCAUGGGAUCUCAGUGUGCCCCUACCUGUUCUCCCCUCCAGGCCACCUGUCUCUGUAAAGGAUGUCUGCUCUGUUCAAAAGGCAGCUGGGAUCCCAGCCCACAAGCGAUCAGCAGAGUUGCAUUCCCAAAGAAAAGGGCUAUGAGAUGAGCUGAGUUAUAUAAAGAAAGGGAGAGGCAUGUACAGUGUGGGGAAGUGGAAAAGAAGUGGUAGGGGGAGAGGAGGCUAGCCUGCACUGAGUACCUCAUUAGGGAAAGUGGGAAUCAGCUGUCAAUAAUGGCCAGAGGCAUCCACAGCUUGGAGGAGGCCAGAGACUCUUGGCUUUAUACCCACGCCGCAACUGGUCCACUGCUUUACUGUCGGUUGGAUAAUGGCUGUAAACCUGUUUAAAAACAAAACAAAAAAGAGACACUAGUCUAUCUUCAAUUACUCAGUGAGACAUUUUCAUAGGAAACAGACUAUAAUUAAUUUGUUUAUUCUUCCCAUACACUUACCUUACUAAUUCUUCCCUUUAAUAAAUGAGCACCCCUGGGUAUAUAGGCUUAAAAUCCUGCACAACAAAUUUUGAGAAAGAAUUGUUCCUCUUCAUAGGCAUCCACUUAUUACAAUCAUUCUCAACCAGGAGGUGAUUUUGCCCCCUGCCUCCACCCUAGGACAUUCAAAAAUGUCUGGUGACAUUUUUUGUUGUCAUGACUUGAGGGUGCUACCAGAGGCCAGGAAUGCUGCCAAAUGUUCUACCAUGCACAGCACAACCUGAAACAGCAAAGAAUUACCCACCCGAAAAUAUCAAUAGUGCUGAGAUUGAGAAGCCCUGAUUUAUCACAGUGUCCACUGUGACAGAACAAGACACUCACAGAUUAGGGAUAAGUUUUAUUUUUAACAAAAUGAAAUGAUGUAUUAAGUUUUUAUCUCCAAAGUGUUUAGUUUAUUGGCUGAAGGGUUCUUGGUAUGCAUGGUGACCUUUUUAUUUCUGUGUGCUUCCUAGAGAGCUUUAUUUCAUGUCUACAACUCUUGUCUUCCUGUAACAGCUGAUAUUAGCAAGCAGCAUCUUAUGUCCUGAUGUCAUGUAGUAGAAAACAAACAUGGGGUCUGACUUCCAAAUGUGUUAUCUUGUCCUACAAUGUCAUAAAGAACUUGAAAAUGGACUUUUGUUUGUAAAGUUGGACCUUGCUACCAUGACUGUUUGGCUUACAGGAACUUGACUCUGGGGCGUCCUGUCUCUGGCUGUGGCCUGGCAAACACCGACAUGCAAACCACCCUUGCUUUUCGAUACCCCUCUGGUCUCAGAGACAGUAGGGGUAGUGCCACUUUUUACAACCUGGAGUAAUUCUGAAAAUAUUAUUCCUAAACUCUUUAAGUGCAGACGGAGAAUGAGCAAGCCCCAGAGAUAUUUUACAACCAGAGUGGGUAAUGAGGAAGGGGCUUACUGAAAUUGUGAUAUCUCUGAAUAGUGAAUAAAACACCACCAACCAAAAAAGUGGACCUUCUCAGAUAAAAAAAAAAAAAAAAAAAAAGGGCA